AUGGCGGUGCUCGACCGCAUUUUCCCUCAUUCUGGGGAGAUAACGACCACUGCCUUCUCCUUUGCCAACCUCGUCGCUCUCCUUGUCCUAGGCCUGCUCGGAAUCCUUUCGUUAUCGACCUACACCACAUGGCGUCGUCUCAGACACAUUCCUGGGCCACCGUCUGCUGGUCUCAGCAAGUGGUGGAUGCUGCGUAACACCCUUGGUGGGAACAUGCAUCUGGCUCUGAAGGCAGCUUGCGAUACCCAUGGUCAUGUCGCCCGCGUCGGGCCCAACACAAUCGUAACGGACGAUCCGGAAGUUGUGAAGCGCAUGUGGGCCGUCCGUUCCAGGUACAAGAAGGGUGAUUUCUACGACGCCGUCCGAUUUGACCCCACCCGUGACAACAUCCUCUCCACAAGGGACGAUGAGCGGCACAAUGAGCUGCGGGCGAAAAUGGCUGCAGGAUACGCCGGGAAGGAGAACGAGGGACUCGAGCUCGGAAUCGACAAGGGCAUCAUGGCAUUCAUCGGUCUCAUUGAGCGCGACUACGUAUCCGAGGGUGCCAUCUACCGCCCCAUGGAUCUGGCCAGAAAGGCUCAGUACCUGACCCUGGACAUCAUCGGCGACAUUGCCUUCGGCUCAGACUUCGGCCACCUCACUCAAGAUGCCGAUGUUCACGAAUAUAUCAAGAGAACCGAGGCCAGUAUGCCCGCCAUGAUGAUUGUUAGCGUCCUGCCCGUCCUGGCGAGACUGAUGCAGUCGCCGCUCCUCCGUCGAUUCAUGCCCUCAGAGAAGGACCCUCAUGGGUUUGGAAAAUUCAUUGGUGUGGCCAAGAGGGUGGUAGCCGAGCGGCUCGGACCAAACGGAACUGACCGCAAGGACAUGCUCGGGUCCUUCCUCAAGCACGGCCUGAGCCGGGAGGAUGCCGAGGGAGAAGCUCUCGUCAACAUCAUCGCCGGCUCUGAUACAACCGCCACUGCUAUUCGGACCACCAUGCUCUAUCUGAUGAGCUCGCCUCAGGCCUACAGGAAGCUAGUGCACGAGAUUCGCACGGCAGCCGCGAAGGGUCAUAUCUCCAGCCCCAUCACGGACGAAGAGGCUCGCACCCUCCCGUACCUGCAGGCGGUCAUCAAAGAGGGGAUGCGCGUGUUUCCGCCCGUGACGGGCUUGAUGCCGACGGUCGUACCUCCCGGUGGCGACGUCAUCCGCGGCAUCCCUGUGCCCGAGGGUACGGAGAUUGGUUGGUCGGCUUUUGGUGUGCAGCACAACAAGGGUGUGUAUGGCCUUGACGCGGAGACAUUUCGGCCGGAACGCUGGCUCGAGGUCAAGGACGAGCAGCUGCUCCAGGAGAUGACCAGCACAUGGGAGCUUGUAUUCAAGUACGGCAAGUGGCAGUGCCUGGGAAGGUCUGUCGCCCUGCUAGAGCUGAACAAGAUAUUUGUUGAGCUUCUGCGUCGCCACAGGAACAUGUCGCACACGUUCUGCACUGUGGGGUUACGCGCCCUCUGUGCCUCUGCGGCCGCGAGCAUCAGGGAUGAAUGCGACCACGUCCUCCUCCAGAGGGCCCUGGCCGGCGAGGAGGGCAACAGCAGCCGGCGAGGAGAGGAUCGCUGCGCUGCUGCCGGCGGGGUGGUUGGUGCGGAUGAUGCGGCUGCGGGCGAUCGUGAUCACAGCACCUCGGCGACGACGGCGAGCGCGACGGCGAAUGGCGACGGGGCUGGGCUCGGCCUAGCGGACUGCGGUGAGCCGCUGGUGCAUCUCCUGUCACGGCAAGCGUCGCGACUAGUUACUCUAUACGAGGCGGCCGCGCCAGCAUAUCCUUCCAUCACGUCGCCUGUACCCGUCGGGCCGGCCACGACUGCCGAGGAUGAUGGGCGGCCUAAUGCCACACGGCCAUCCGCACAUGGGACACGGCAGUUGCGAGCUGGCUAUAACGACACGGCCUGCGGCGGGGCCGUUGGGCACCAUCCCAUAUUGAAGAGGCUCGACGACAUUAUAUCGAUCGCAUAUGCCAAGUUCUAUGCAUAUCUGUACAAAGAUCUUCCCCUCUGCUGGAGGCAGCUGUACACGGACGCCAGCAUACUCAAGUUCGGCUACCUGUUCCUGUCCUCGUCCCAACAAAUCUGGGAACUGGCGCGGGACGGGGUUGGUGUGACCGUGUCAUGCCAGGAUGCGAGAGACACAGCCGAGCAAUCAAUGCAGGCCAUGGUGAAGACUCUAGACUUGGCACUGAUACUCGCUGGGGCUGGCGGUCUUUCGCGUGGCAGGAAAUGGAUCGACACCGCCUUCGGCCUCUUUGAGAACGUCUGCGAUCCCACCAACACCGGUGAGACCAUGACUACUGCAACAUGCGGUUCCCAUUAUGGCCUGCCCGCCAUGACAGCCGCUGCCAAUAUCACGCCGCCACCAGCAAAGAGGGCCAGGCUCGACUUGUCAGCUCCCACAGCGGCGCCGGGGCAAGCGUUGCGUUCGUUCUCCACGUUCGAGCCCUUCACUCCACCUGUCCGGAACGCCAUCCGCCGCGUCUCCGCAGAUGUCAUGGACAUGACGGCCUUUCAGCAGUACCUCGACCGUGCAGACCCGCGUCGAGGGCCCGAGCCGCUGAUCCUGACGGGGCUCAUAGAAGAUUGGCCAGCCAGGGGGGCUCGGCCAUGGAACAACCCGGAGUACCUGCUGUCGCGAACCUUUGGGGGGCGACGGCUGGUUCCCGUCGAGAUCGGCAGGAGCUACGUGGACGAGGGCUGGGGCCAGAAGAUUGUGGCCUUUGGAGAGUUUCUGAGGAAUCAUAUCGACCCAACCUCGGUGGCCCCUCAUCAGGGAGCCCCUGCACCAACAGACCAGAGCCAAGAUUGGCGACGCAUGCCUGCGGCGGCCGGGCAGGCAGGUGACAGAUCAGAUACUCCUCCUGCCGCCCCUCCUAAUACCGCGGACCACCCGACGGCAACAGCAGCACCAACACCAACACCAACACCAGCAGCAGUAGCCUACCUGGCGCAGCACCAGCUCUUCCAGCAGCUCCCGCAGCUGCGAAACGACAUCCUCAUCCCAGACCACUGCUACACCGCGCCCCCUCUCCACCCCACCGACCCAUCGCAAGACCAACCAGAGCUCGACGCCCCUCUCCUCAACGCCUGGUUCGGGCCCCCUGGCACCAUCACGCCCCUCCACACCGACCCGUACCACAACCUGCUGGCCCAGGUCGUCGGCAGGAAGUACGUGCGGCUGUACUCGCCCCUCCUCGGAGGCGGCGCGGACGGCAGCGGCAGCGUAAUGCGCGCGAGGGGCCGCGAGGGCGGCGUCGAGAUGGGCAACACGAGCGCCUGGGACGUGGGCGUGCUCGAGGGGUGGGAUGCCGACCCCGACGCCGAACCCCAGGCCUCGAUCUCCUCCGCCAGCGACGGAAGAGAUAGGGACGGGGAUGCUGAUGGGGACGAGGGAGAGGAUGGCGAGGCAGCCGCCUCCAGGGCCCGCCAGUUCCGCGAGGUGCCCUUCGUCGACUGCAUCCUCGAGCCGGGCGACACUCUCUAUGUGCCCAUCGGGUGGUGGCACUACGUCAGGGGCCUCAGCGUCAGCUUCUCGGUGAGCCUCUGGUGGAACGGCGGGGAGGACUGGUGGUGGUAG